AUGUCGCGCUCCUUCUAUGUCGACUCUCUCAUCAUCAAGGACUCCUCCCGGCCUGCGCCCUCGCUGCCCGAGCCGCACCCCGGGCCGGAUUUCCUCAUCCCGCUGGGCAUGCCGUCCCCGUUGGUGAUGUCGGUGUCCGGUCCCGGCUGCCCGUCCCGCAAGAGCGGCGCGUUCUGUGUGUGCCCGCUCUGCGUCACUUCGCACCUGCACUCCUCUCGAGGGCCCGCGAGCGCUGGCGGUGUGGGCGCGGGGGUCGGGGGCGCCGGGGCCGCGGGGGGCGCAGGGGCCUUGCCCUUGCUCAAGAGCCAGUUUUCUUCGAGUCCUGGGGACGCGCAGUUUUGCCCGCGGGUAAGCCACGCGCACCAUCACCACCACUCGCCGCAGCACCACCAUCACCACCACCAACCCCAGCAGCCCGGCUCAGCAGCCGCAGCAGCGGCGGCGGCGGCAGCAGCGGCGGCAGCCUUGGGGCACCCACAGCACCACGCACCUGUCUGUACCGCCACCACCUACAACGUGGCGGACCCUCGGAGAUUCCACUGCCUCACCAUGGGAGGCUCGGAUGCCAGCCAGGUACCUAAUGGCAAGAGGAUGAGGACGGCGUUCACCAGCACGCAGCUCCUGGAGCUGGAGCGUGAAUUCUCUUCUAACAUGUACCUGUCUCGACUCCGGAGGAUUGAAAUCGCCACGUACCUGAACCUGUCGGAGAAGCAGGUGAAAAUCUGGUUUCAGAACCGCCGGGUGAAACACAAGAAGGAGGGGAAGGGCACGCAGAGGAACAGUCACGCCGGCUGCAAGUGCGUAGGCAGUCAGGCGCACUACGCGCGCUCCGAAGACGAGGACUCCUUGUCGCCGGCCUCGGCCAACGACGACAAGGAGAUUUCUCCCUUAUGA